UGAAAUCGAGAUGCAGGCCAUUCUGAUGACCCUCAACAACCCACCCAUCCAUUGCGAUUUAAGUUAUUUGAGGAUAGUUCGAUUUGAAAUCGCGUAUUAACCACCCGACAACACUUCCCCCCGUCAUGCUGACGAAAGAUUAUGGGCAGCACUCUUCUUUUAACUCGAAGAAGUCAAAUUCACAAUCCCUCCACGUCACUUUUUCAUGAUUGAAAAUUGCAUGUACCUCAGACAUUGAUACAUGGCCUAAGUUCGUCCAGUCGUCCUACGUAUUUGAAUCGAAGCAUAUAUAGUUAGUAACCGAGAGUUUAAUCAAUGGAUCAUGACAAAAAAAAGCUUGAAUGAGUGAUGGACGUGACUGACCAGUGGUUGGUGGGUGGUCGAAGCCGGUGAGUGAGUGAUUCACGUGGAAUAUUCUCCACCCAAGAAGAAGAACGGCAGCUACGACCUUUUGCAAGUAAACAUCGUCACUCACCAACUCAUUGGACCAAGUUCAGUUGGAUCACCCAACCUGAAAAACGACAAUGCGAAGAAAAACAGAGUGUCAACGAAAAGGAAGAAAAACAGAGCAUCUCUAAUCUAUCACUAACUAUACUGAAAAACCAACCGCCAAAUGCCAAUACCACCAAUGCCCAUUCUCGAUAUCAUUAUGGAGCCAGCGGGCAACUUGUAUUUUCGGGCUGAAAAGGGCGUGACAGGAAGAGGCAAAAGGAAUGAAAUUUACUAAGGAGUUGGGCGGGCGUUGGAGGUCGAGGAAUUGGGGGGGAAACUCUUCUCCCAGCUAGAAGCAUUUAACGUUUAUGCAUGUAGGAUGAUGAUAUUUAUGCGGGCCUGCUUGCUUAGCACUUUUUUUUCUUUCUUUCUUUCUCACUUGGUGUGUUUUUGGGCUGUAUAUUGAAGUUUUUGGUGCUUUGUUCAUAAUGGGGAACCAUGAAAGGGAGAGAAUAGAAAGAUCGAUUGAGAUAUCUUUGCCUUCAAGAAACACCCCAACUGUCUGCAUUGAAUGUGUCCAACGAACCGCCCGAAAAAAGAAACUACUAAUACCUGGAGAAUAGAAGAAGAGAGGACGUCACACACACACACUGGACUCGACUCGACUUGUGCUGUUCCCUUCUCCACCUCUACCGCUUCCCGUCCAUGGAUGUGCUAGUGGGUUGCCCGUGGGCCGGUUUUCGUUCAUCUCGGUCAGAAAUCGACGAGACGUGGCAAAAGGUUUGAGGGAGUGUCGGACGAAUGAGAUCUGAUUUACGAUUUUCGUUGAUCUGGGUUGUAACUUGCGCGGACGUGAAUAGGUUACGUAAAGUAUAGGAAUUUUCGGACGUGCAUAGUAUAAGAGCAGUCCAUGACGUUCAAAUCACGGGUUCGAUCGUGGUUAUUCGAACACUAGAACUUCAAACCCAACGGACAACUUGUUUAUUUCACAUGGUUAUGCAACGGACAGGGCUGCAAACGAGCCGAGUCGAGUCGAGUUUUUGCUUAGCUUGAGCUCGGCUCGUUUAUUAAUUUUUCAGCUCGAGCUCGGCUCGAACUCGAAUUUUGAUAAUCCAGCUCGAGCUCGAGCUCGGCUUGAAUAAAAAUAAUCUAGCUCGAGCUCGACUCGGUAGAGCUCGAUAAAUGCUCAUUAACAUAGCUUGUUAAGCUGAGUACAAGCUCGGCUCAAGAUGAGCUCGAUUUAAAUCAUUUUUGCUGGAAAAAUGUAUAAACAUAAGAAUUUAAAUGAUAGAAAGAACACUAGAAACUAGAAAUAAUAUCUAAAUUUCAUACACAUCUGUAUUAUAAGACAAUGUUCAUGUUUAAAAGAGUAAUUCAUCCUUCCACAAGCUCAAAACAAGGCAGCUCGCGAGCUUAGCUCGACAAGCCACCGAAUCAAGCUAGCUCGCGAGCUUAUCAAGCUGAGCAUGGUCUAGCUCAGGCUUGGCUCGUUAACUAACGAGUUGGCUCGCGAGCCGGCUUGUUAAAUAACGAGUCGAGUGUCGAACGAGUUUUUUCCGAUUCGAACGCCGAGUUGCUCGCGAGCGGCUUGGCUCAUUUGCAGCCCUAGCAACGGUAUAUCAUAUAGAAGUUAUUAGAAUAAAACACCACGAAACAAUAAGAAGAUUAAGAAGAUCGUGGGGACCGAUGAGGAGGGGAGGACUUGGGGUUUAACUUGAUCGCAAGCUAUUGUUCCAAGUACGGAAUUGAAUUAAAACGUGACUGAAAACAUUAAAGGAGAAAAAAAUCUUAAAUAUAAUGACGGAACGUACGAAUCUGAUCCGUCGAUUAUAAAAACCGAUGAAUCGUUACCGACUUUCCAUCGUCGCUCGAAUGUUAUCGCCGCGAACAUUUACCCACAUUGAUUGCUACUAGCUCAUCACUACCAUUGCGGUUCAGCAUUUACAAAGCAAAUCUCUAGUAAAUCUCUCAAACACACAAAUAUGAUGAAACUGAAAAAAACUACAAUCAAUAUAUGUCCUUGUUCUGUACAAAAUCUUGCCUUAAUAGAGAAAAGGGAGGUGAGCGCCACAAUUCACUUGCUCUCCAUUUCUGAGUGUGGGCCCAAGAAUCUACUAAACCUGGUAAUUAGUCAACUUGAUUUAGUAGGAGAUGCAUCCAGCAAAAGGCAAAACCACAAAAAAAUUUCAAUCCCAAAUGGGUACUUAAGAUGGUGGGUAAACUCCUCUCCAUCAGCCUACGUGGCACUCCCUAAUCCCAAUACGUGUCCACAUCGCCACCAUCUCUCUCUUCUUCUUCCUCUCACCCAAGCUCGUAUAUAGUACGGGGAGGCAGAGUAUGGAAGAAAGACACUGUCCACUUCUUCACUCAUCUACUUAUUAUUACUUCUACCACUCUGCUUUUUUUCCCUUUGUCCCAAAAAAAAAAAAAACACUCUGCUUUUGUCCCCUUCUCGUAAGCUUUGCUGCAGCAGCAGUCAUGGGGAGAGCGCCCUGCUGCGAGAAAGUUGGGCUGAAGAAAGGGAGAUGGACUGCCGAAGAAGACCAGAUCUUGACCUCUUACAUUCAGCAGAAUGGCGAAGGCAAAUGGCGCUCCCUCCCCAAAAACGCUGGGUUGUUGAGGUGCGGGAAGAGUUGCAGGCUGAGGUGGAUUAAUUACCUGAGGGCGGAUGUGAAGAGAGGCAACAUCAGUAAGGAAGAAGAAGAAACCAUCGUUAAGCUCCAUGGCUCCCUUGGCAAUAGGUGGUCAGUUAUAGCGGCCCAAUUACCGGGAAGAACGGACAACGAGAUCAAGAACUACUGGAACUCUCAUUUGAGCCGCAAGAUCUACACAUUCCGCCGCUCCUCCUCCUUCGAUUCCUCCGCCUCCUCCACCGCCUCCUCCUCGUCUUCCACCACCACCGCCUUCGUCGACGAUGUCGGCGCCGCCGCGGCCGCGCGCAGCAGCAGAAAGCGGAAAAAGGCUGCGGCGGCGGCGACGGCGGCGAAGGAGAAAUCUGAGAAUCCCGGCCGGAAGCAAGACGAGAAGUCUGCAGCUCCGGUAAGCGGGAUCACUACCUCCGCCGGGGAGAAUGGGAGCGAAGGUGACGGCGGCGGGGAUUUGGGUUUCGACGGUGGAGAAUUGAUGAUGGAAUUGGAUGGAAACGCGGAAGUUGUUGUGGGAGGUGAAGAAGAGGGGAUUUUGGGACCGUAUGAGUGGCUGGAUAGUGAAAUGAACCGGCUUAAGAGCAAGCUCCAUCAUUGCACUGAGGAUGGAGGAGAAGGACAGGGGAAAGAGGAUUUGGCAAGUGGGGGAAUGAAGAAUGGUUGUGAUGGUGAAAGGGUCGUGGUUGAGAGUGAGAGUAAUAAAGGAAUUGAAAGCAGUAGCAGCAGUGCUAGUAACAGUAAUAACUGUAACUGUGAGCAUCAUGAUCAGGGGGAGGAGGAGAAGGCGGAGGAAGAAUGGCUGGACUGGGACCAGAUCACUGGAGGGGACGAGAUUCAGAACAUUCAUUGGGAUGAAGGCGACAGCAGCAUUUUGUCUUGGCUCUUGGAUGGCAAUGAACAGCUGCAAUAAAAGGGAUGAAGGAAGGAAGGAAUUCGGUGGGAACAAGUUGGAUUGGAUUAUCUUGUUUGUUAGCUUGUUAUCUUUAGAAGUCAUAUAUAUAUGUUUAAUUACUCUAGCUAUAUGUAUGGUUAUUUGUAAAUAGAGACUAUAGAGGUCUGAUUAGGUGUUGUUUGAAUGAAUCUCUCUGAGGAGAGAAAAGGGUACUUUUUCCACGUCUCAGAGAGGAAAGGGAUCAAAUUGCUGCAGUUUUGGGUCUUGUGUUUGUCUAUUUAAUCAUGUUAUAGCCACAGAGCAAUCAAGAGCAUGACAGUUUUGUUGAAUGGAUCUCUCUGCAAAAGGGGUACAUUCCUGCCCUGGAAGAGGAAUCAAUCAAGUGGCUGCAAAUUU